AUGCAAUCUGCUCAAACCGAACUUGACUUUAUCAACCUCUAUUUAGAAAGACUUUCUUCCAAAUCUGUUCGUUAUGGCGAGGACUACAUGUCGCGUACGCUUCCCUCUCCUUUGAGAAUGAAGAGAGUACCUGUUGCACCCGUUGAUAUUGAAGAAAAGGCUCCCGUUGCACCUACUCCUGCCAACACCAACACCAACACCAACAGCGACAAGAUUCAAGUAACCGUCAAGGUAUUGAAGCCUUCAUCUCAAUUCACCAUUGGCGGAUUAUCUUUGAACGAUACAGUGCAUCAAUUAAAGCAACGUAUCUAUCAACAACAAAGCUCACUUCCAGUCAAUCGCCAACGUUUGUUGAUAAAGGGUAAGGUUUUGGCUGAUCAAAAGACCUUGGCAGAACUCUCUAUUCAAUCAGAUGCUGUCAUUCACCUUAUGGUCAUAGCAGCACCAGCAGCAGCAGCUUCCACAGCUUCCAACUCAACAUCUCCUGCCUCUUCUCCUAUUGCCGCAUCAACAGCAUCCAGUACAGGCCGCUUUGGCAUUUCUGCACAAGCCGAACAAAAAUUGUCAAGCCCCGAGUUUUGGUCAGCUUUGGAACAGACAUUGGUGGAUCAAGUAGGUGAAGCUGAUGCCAAGUUGUUGCUUAACCAAGUCAAGGCUUCUUUCACUGUAUGA